CCCCUUAAAUAUUAUCCACAUAUUCUGAAUUAUGGUAGUGAUGAUACUGAUUUUUACGGUGUGUGAGUUGCAUGUAUCUAUCAGAUCACAGAUAAGCCACACAUGGAAAAUACAUAAAAGCUGGACAAAAUGGGGCCUAUCUACCCCAAUUGUCUGAAUGUUUUGUCUUUUAUUUUAACUCUUUUUCUUGUCUUCUUGUUCAUAAUCUCAUAAUAAUACUAUUUCUCUUUGCUUUUUAUCUUCCAAGAACUUUAAGCAACAUCUGAAGAGUCAAUGCCAUUAGUACUGAAGAAUCUUUCAGUAGCUUUGGAGAUGGACAAAGAAAGCAUAACUGAAGCAGGGUUAUCAACUUUUCUGCUUAAAGAGAAGUCUGAGAUACUUGGAAGCAGUGGUGGCAGCCAUGGUGGUGAUGGUGUCACCGAUGAGAGUGGAAGUUCCUCAGCCACAAGUUUGGUUGUUCUCAGCACCUUUGUUGCCGUCUGUGGUUCUUAUGUUUUUGGCUCUGCAGUGGGAUAUUCAUCACCAGCUGAAUCGGGAAUAAUAGAUGAUCUGGGUCUCUCUGUUGCACAAUAUUCACUUUUCGGGUCAAUAUUGACGAUUGGAGCAAUGCUAGGUGCUAUAAUGAGUGGGAGGAUAGCAGAUUACAUUGGUCGAAGAGGUACAAUGGGCUUCGCUGAGAUAUUUUGCAUCAUUGGGUGGCUUUUGAUAGGAUUCUCAAAGGUUGAUUGGUGCCUAGACAUUGGAAGACUGUUGGUAGGAUAUGGGAUGGGCCUCAUUUCUUAUGUGGUACCAAUAUAUAUUGCUGAAAUUACACCAAAAAAUCUUCGAGGAGGGUUUACGACAUUUCAUCAGUUCAUGAUUUGUUGUGGUGUGUCAAUGACAUAUCUCAUUGGAGCUUUCCUAAACUGGAGGAUUUUAGCUCUGAUUGGAACUAUUCCAUGCCUUAUUCAGCUUCUUGGUGCACCCUUCAUCCCAGAAUCACCCAGAUGGCUGGCAAAGAUUGGUAAAGCAAAAGAGUGCGAAGAUGCCCUGCAGCGCCUUCGGGGAGCGAAUGCUGAUAUUUCUGAUGAGGCAGAAGAGAUUAGAGAUUACACAGAAACCCUUCAAAGGCUUUCUGAAGGUAGCAUUUUUGAAUUAUUCCAAUGGAAAUAUGCUCAUUCCCUCAUUGUUGGCGUGGGCUUGAUGGUACUACAACAAUUUGGAGGAGUCAAUGGCAUUGCAUUUUAUGCAAGUGCUAUUUUCAUAUCAGCCGGGUUUUCGGGUAGUGUCGGUACCAUAGCUAUGGUUGUGGUUCAGGUUCCAAUGACAUUGGUGGGAGUAGUUUUGAUGGAUAAAUCCGGACGAAGACCACUUUUGCUGGUGUCUGCAGCUGGAACAUGUCUCGGUUGCUUCCUCACUGCAUUAUCAUUUUUCUUGCAGGAUCUCGGACAAUGGAAGGAUGUAGCUCCGUUUUUAGCACUUGUUGGAGUGCUGGUAUACACAGGAUCUUUCUCAUUAGGCAUGGGAGGCAUACCUUGGGUUAUAAUGUCAGAGGUAUUCCCUAUAAAUAUGAAAGGCUCAGCUGGAAGUCUUGUGACAUUGGUUAGCUGGCUAGGGUCUUGGAUUAUAUCCUAUGCUUUUAACUUUCUAAUGGAUUGGAGCUCAGCAGGAACAUUCUUCAUAUUCUCAGCCAUUUGCUGCUUUACGGUCCUGUUUGUAGCAAAGCUAGUACCCGAAACCAAAGGGCGAACUCUUGAAGAAAUACAAGCGUCAAUGAAUCCAUUUUCAGCAAGAACUAUGGAGGGAGAAAGCUUAGAAAACGAAAACAUUAACAGUCAUCUGUUAGGGGAUUUUGAUGGUGUAGGUGAGAGUGGCAGUUCUGUCACUGUUAUACUUGUGUUCAGCACUUUCAUUGCUGUUUGCGGUUCCUAUGUUUUUGGAGCUUCUUUAGGAUAUUCUUCACCUGCAGAGAAUGGAAUCAGGGAAGACCUAGGCCUCUCUGUAGCCGAGUACUCUCUCUUUGGCUCAAUUAUGACAAUUGGAGCAAUGUUAGGUGCAAUAAUAAGUGGAAAGACGGCAGAUAUUAUUGGCCGCAAAGGUGCAAUGGGGAUUUCAGAAGCAUUCUGCCUCAUAGGCUGGCUUGCAAUACUAUUCUCCAAGAAUGUAUGGCUGCUGGACAUUGGAAGACUAUUCAUAGGAUGUGGCAUUGGGCUUCUCACUUAUGUGGUACCUGUAUAUAUAGCAGAAAUAACUCCUAAAAACCUUAGAGGAGGAUUUUCAAGUGUUCAUCAGUUCAUGGUAACUUUCGGCUCUGCAAUGACAUAUUUUAUCGGAACGGUUGUCAGCUGGCGUACACUAGCCCUUAUGGGAAUGAUUCCAUGUCUAGCACAGCUUGUAGGCUUAUUUAUUAUUCCAGAGUCUCCAAGAUGGCUGGCUAAGAUCGGUCAAGUGAAAGACUGCGAAGCUGCUCUACAGCGUCUUAGAGGAGAAAGUACCAAUAUAUCUGAGGAAGCAGCUGAGAUUAGAGACUACACACAGAACCUUAAGCAACUCCCUGAAGGAAGAUUUCUAGACUUGUUCCAGCGGAUAUAUGCUCGUUCACUCAUGGUUGGAGUCGGGCUGAUGUUACUGCAACAAUUUGGAGGGGCUAAUGGAAUUGCAUUUUAUGCGAGUUCUAUAUUUGAAUCAGCGGGUUUUUCAGCUAAUGUAGGGACAAUUGCAAUGGCUAUUGUUCAGAUUCCUAUGACAAUAAUUGGAAUACUAUUAAUGGAUAAAUCCGGAAGAAGACCACUUCUACUGAUUUCUUCUGUGGGAACUUUCGUUGGCUGCCUCCUCACCGGGGUGUCAUUCUCAUUGCAGGACCAUCAGCUAUGGAAAGAUGUCACUCCGGUUCUGGUGUUUGUUGGUAUACUGGUCUAUAAUGGAUCGUUUGGGCUAGGACUUGCAGGGAUACCAUGGCUCAUAAUGUCAGAGAUUUUUCCCAUUAACAUGAAGGGUUCAGCUGGCAGUGCUGUGUCUUUGGUCAACUGGUUUAGUUCCUGGAUUGUUUCCUACAUGUUCAACUUCUUAAUGGAAUGGAGCUCUGCAGGCACAUUCUUCAUAUUCUCUAGCAUCAGCUGCUUGACUGUCCUCUUUGUGGCAAAGAUAGUACCGGAGACCAAGGGGCGAACACUCGAACAAAUACAGGCAGUUAUGAACCCACUAACAGCUAGAAGAUGAACCUGGCUUUCUUAUCCAAAGGUUAAAUGGUCCUAUAAUUCUGCAGGGAUGCACUUGUGAGCGACUUGAAAUGAAAAAGGUUUUUUAUUAUAGAUUCUCAAUUAGUUAGGAGGCUUUUGAUUGAAAAUAGAAGAAUAAAACAGCACAAUCACCUAUCAUUCUUCAUCAAAAUGAAUCUUUCAGAGAAAUAUUAUUCUGGGUUAUGAAAGAAUAA